AUGUCAAGAAGGCCCACCACUACCACUCGAGGUGGUAUAUCACGGACAGCUUCGUCCGCAUCAACCUCUAUGCCACCUCCUUCUAGAAUCCCGAAUCGACCCCCAUCAGCCAUAACCCAAUCAACGAAUGUCAACGAUGGAUCAGAAAGUAGAUCAAACAGUCCAUCAAGGAGGAGUAGGAAACUCAGUGCACAGAGUGUCAAGGGCAAAGAAGUGGCGAACGGGAAUGCAAAUGGAGAGAUCAAUAUACAGGUGGUAGUGAGAUGUCGUGGCCGAUCACAACAGGAAGUAUCAGCAGCCUCGCCCGUCAUAACCACCACAACAGGACCGAUGUCUAAAGCCAUAACCAUCGAGACAACCCCCCUGACCUCUUCUUCCCUUGCAUCAUUCACCACCGCCUCCUCUUAUGCUGGAUCACAUCAGCCGCAGGCCAAGACAUAUCCAUUCGAUAAGGUUUUUGGACCAGAAGCAGAUCAGACGAUGAUCUUCAAUGAAGUCGCUGAUGGGAUGCUGGAUGAAGUUUUGGCAGGAUAUAAUUGUACGAUAUUCGCUUAUGGUCAGACUGGUACUGGUAAAACAUAUACAAUGCAGGGUGAUCUCGAAUUAACCCCUCUGCUCGCCCCAAAAUCAACGGCCGGUAUCGUCCCUAGAGUAUUGCAUCGUCUAUUCUCCGUACUGGAAGCAUCCGAGAACUCCGAAUUCUCUGUCAAAUGCUCUUACGUAGAGUUGUAUAACGAAGAACUACGUGAUCUCUUAGCUUCAGAGUAUAAAGGGGAAUCAUCCGGAAAUGGUGGAUUGAAACUAUAUGAAGAUGGGAAGAAGGGAGUCAAUAUUCAAGGAUUGGAAGAGACUGGUGUACGGAAUCUCAAAGAAGCUCUGAAUAUGUUGGAAAAGGGAGUGAAGAGGAGACAGACAGCCGAGACCAAGAUGAAUACCGAAUCUUCCAGAUCCCAUACGAUAUUCUCCAUUACCGUGCAUGUGAAAGAAAGUUCUACCGCGAGGGGAGGAGAAGAUCUUUUGAGAAUAGGGAAAUUCAAUUUAGUUGAUUUGGCCGGAUCUGAAGCUAUUGGAAGAUCAGGAGCGACAGACAAAAGAGCUAGAGAAGCUGGUAUGAUCAAUCAAUCGCUCCUCACCCUCGGAAGGGUCAUUUCGGCUUUAGUAGAUAAAGGUUCACAUAUACCUUAUAGAGAGUCGAAAUUGACUAGGUUACUUCAAGAUUCUCUAGGAGGGAAAACGAAGACUUGUAUAGUGGCUACUGUUUCACCUACAAGAUCGAAUAUGGAAGAAACUCUAUCAACACUUGAUUAUGCUAUUAGAGCGAAAUCAAUUAGGAAUCGACCAGAGGUAAACGCACAUAUGACCAAGACGGGUUUACUGAAAGAGUAUGUGGGUGAUAUAGAAAGGUUAAAGAACGAGUUAGUGGCUACAAGAGAAAAGAAUGGGAUCUACAUUCCUGAAGAACAGUGGAGGGAAAUGCAGGAAAUACAGACAAGACAGAAAUCGGAUUACGACGAAGCGAAGUUAAAAGCUGGAAUAAUAGAAGUUGAAUUGAAAACCAGGAAAAAGGAAUUCGAUGAGAUCACUUUUAGGUUUUUAGCUACCAGUGAAGAAUUAGAGCAAGUCAAGGAAGCUGAACGGCAAUUGACAGACUUGUUGGAGGAGUCCAAGACAGAUCUGGAUAGAGUGAAGAUUGAAUUGGAAGAGGAAGGUGUGAUUUCGAGAGCUUACCAGAAAGGUGAAGAGAGGUUGGAUAGCGUAGCAUCACAUCUGAAGAAGACAGCGGAGGAAAGUGUGGGUGAUGUUGGUGGCUUAUUCGAUAAACUUGCUCGUAAGGCAAAGGUUCUUGGAUCUAAUGCCGACUCAGCCACCAGAUUCGGAGGUGAACUUGAAGGAUUAUCUCAAGAUCUCCGAGGUGGCUUAGCAGAUUUGCAAGUGGUCCACGAGAGUCUGGGAAAGGAUAUUCAAGAAAAGAUGGAGCUUUUCGCUCUCAGAGGACAGGAGAUGUCUCAAUCUGAUUUGAAAAAUCUCGACAAGUCGUUCUCCGCUUUCAAUGACCUUGCCAAGAAGCUUUCGGCAUCGAAUGAGAAAGGUCAAAAGGAAUCUUCGGAAUCUAGUAAAGCGAUUUUAGCUAUACAUGAAGAAGUACAGAGUGGUGUCAGAGAUUGGGCAAAGGGAGUGAGCGAGAGAAGUAAAGGCAUGGUAGAUGAUCUGUUAGAGCAUCAGCAGGAGCACUUGAAUACGGUCGCUUCGGUAUUGGGAUCCACAGCGGAUCUAGUUGAUGCUGUGCUAUCGACUACACUUUCGCACCUAACAGUCAGCUCUUCAUCAGCUAUCAAAUCGAGAGAUAUGGCGCUUCAAGCUUCCUCAUCAGAGAUAUCAAGGUUGAAAUCUCAGAAUAUUCUUUUGACCCAGCUGCUAGCAGAAGAAAAAGAAAAAUCUGCCAGAUUGAGAACAGAAUUGAUCGGGAACUUGACGAGGAUGAUUGAAGGGUUCACGCAACAGCAGGAUCAAAGUUGGUCAAAUGCUAUUUCAAGAGUAACGAGAGAGAAUCAAGUUGCCUUGACGGACAUGGAAGAGUUUGGAGGUGUUGUGCAGAGUGAUUAUGAGGAGGGUGUGAGGAGGAGGAAAGAGGUUGAAGAGGAUUUGCGGAUGAGCAAGGAGACUGGUAUAAGGCAAAGACAAGCUGGUGAAGAGGCAUUGAAUCGUGUGCGACAAGGUCUACGAACCAAACUCGAGGGAUACGGCGCCGAAACUUCCCAACAAGCUGAAUCGCAUGUUCAAGUGAUAGAUGGAUAUUGUAACAAAUUACAUAAAUCCGCUUCUGACGUUGUCGGUAAAUCACUUGCGAGAGGAAAGAAGAACGCGGACAUAUUGAAUGCUUUGUCGAAUCAUGUCACUCACAGUCAUCAGAGUAGUCGAUCGAGGUUGAGUAGGUUAUCAAGUGAGAUCGAAGAGUUGUCUUCUACUUUGUUAACUUCUUCAUCUACCGCCUCUGCAUCAUUCUCCGCCUCCAACGAAAAAGCUUCAAUCACCUUACAGCGUAUUAUGCAAUCGACAGGUGAUUUCCUCGAAAACGGUAUACAAGAAGAUGUACCUACUGGUAUAACGCCCAAGAAGAAGAAUUGGAAUGUCCCUACCGGUUGGGAAAGGACGGGUAGUAGAGAGGCUGUAUUGGCGAAUUGGAGGAAGAGACAAGGGGAGAAUGAAAAUUAUAAUCAGAACAGUCAGUUAGCCGUUGAAGUGAAUGGGAAUGGAGCUGGAAUGACGGAAGGUGCAGAUGGUGUAGAGAGUCAUGAAGAUAUCGGACGAGAAGAGAACCAAUAUCAGCAAGAUGAUCUAUCUUCAUCUCGUGAAUCGUUGGUACAGCCUGUAUCGUCAUCGAGAUCGACCUCAACAGAAGUAGAAUCGUCACCAGAAUUGGUAACACAGACUAUCUUACCUCCCUCCAAAACCAAUCCUCUCCCUCAACCUCAAUCUCAGAGUUUACGUCAACCUUCCAAAGGUAAAUCACUCUUACCGAGUAAGAAGUCGAUGGUGGGUAUGAAUCUCGAUGAGAGACCGAAUGUGGUUAUUUUGGGUGAACGAGUUGGGGUCAACGUGCCUAGACGAGGAGGGAGGAGGUGA